AUGACUACGAAUGCAUCUGCAAAUUCAAACACUUCUUGUUUGCGGACGGAGACUUGGCCGGCAGGACUAACAAAUGGGGAUUUUAUUGACUUAAAUCGCUUCAUAUUCCUAACAGUCAUCGGCCUUCCCGUGUGUGCGGUAGGCGUUGUCACAAGUGCUCUCAGCAUCUUUUUGUUUUGUCGGGACACUACGACCCCGCGAACGACUCGCAAGCUCCUCGUCCUCACGUCACUGACUGAUGUACAUUUUCUCAUCUUCUCCAUGCUCUACCUACAACCGUUGACAUUCUGCAAAGGGGGUUCUAUCUGCAGACCGUUCUACAAGUCAACUGGGUACAUUCUGCCCAUAUUUUCCCUCGUUAAUAUUCUAGAAAGUCUUAGGAAUUCGUUGGUUGUUCUAAUUGGCGUAGAACGCUUCCUUAUCAUCUGCUUUCCCGUUCGCAGCAAAGUGUGGUGGAAUGGGAGGCUAAUUAAUCGCCUCAUAGCUGCCUGUUUUGGAUUUUCCGUCCUGGUUCGACUUCCCCUCAUCUGCUAUUUGGCACUUGAGAAUGCGGGAUCAGAAUGGUCUGAAGUGAUGGCGUGGCUUUACCAACUACACUCCUGCACCGAUAGCGUCCUGGUCUCGCUAAUACCGUUGAUAAUUCUCAUUGUCUGCAGUCUGCAGAUUGGACGUGGUCUGCGGCGGUCAGAUCUUUUCCGUCAGAGGCAGAGGCAGAGGCAGUCUGUGCCGAUUGAUGGUCACAAAGAGAACACCUGUUCAAGCCCCAGUGUUUCUCGCGGGGUCAAGCUCACUCGUGCCCUCCUCACUGGCAUCAUCACCUUCACUCUCUUCAUGCUGCCUCUGGUGCCUGUGAGUAUCAUCCAGAUUGUAUCACGUUACGUCUUUCCCUCUUCAUGCGUCUACUUGGUCGCCCUUCACGUUUGCUCUUAUGUGGCUGCUCUGGGCUCUCAACUGAACUCUACAGCAAAUUUUUUUGUCUACAUUGUCUACUGGGGCAGGUACAGGCGGAUGUUACUGCGGAUGUUACAUUGUGAAUGUCUGGACCGAGUGCAACGACUAGAUAACAAGCUGAAGUUAGAUAUUGAUCUGCCUCGUCGCUUUGAAUCCGUAUUUGUGCGGCAUAAAAGUGAACGGAAGGUCAGUCCACUGGCACAGCAGGUUCAAUGGAGCCUGCCGGACAUUCCAGCGUCGGUUGACCUGCUCCAUGAGGGUCUGCAAGCCUGA